AUGAGUGCCGUUGAGGAUAACACAUGGGUCCGGAAUUUUCUACCGGGCUGGUACGCACCGGAGGAGAAAGUACAAUUUGCGAGGCCGAAUGAGACGAUCAAGAAGGCCUCUCCGCGUUCCCAUGCCAAGCUUUAUCAAAGCCUCAACGGGGCAGAUGAGAUUCGGGUCAUGGAGCUGAAGCCUGGCAAUUGGGACGAUGGGCUUUGUGCUUCUCUCCAUCACUGCUCGAUGGAAAGCGAAAUUGGAUACUGGAAGAAGCGGCCCAUGGAAUAUACGGCAAUAAGCUACGCGUGGGGAGAACCCGGCUGCGACGGGACGAUUGACUGCGAUGGACAUGCUAAAACCAUCACAAAGACGCUAGAAGUGGCACUCAGGCAUUUCCGUCAUCCCCAGGACUCGAUAUUGAUAUGGGUAGAUCAAAUAUGCAUCAACCAGCGCGACGAGGAAGAGAAGACACAACAAGUCUUGCUAAUGGGGAAGAUCUAUGGGCUCGCCAUGAACACGGUAGCGUGGCUUGGGGAAGCCGACAGCAAGACACCUGGAUCGUUUGACAUUUUGAGCGAGAUUGGCGUCCGAUUGCAAUACUCAUACAGAAUCCGCUGCCCUGGAGGUUUGACUGAAGCUCAACUACCCCCCGGCGAUUCUUCCCUCUGGACAGACUUGAUCAGCCUCCUUUGUCGCCCAUGGUUUGGCAGACUAUGGAUCAUCCAGGAAGUCGUCCUUUCUGAGAAUCUGUGGAUAAAAUGUGGCCCACAUGUCCUACACUGGGAUGUCGUUUCUAAUGGAUGUGGGCGACUUGUUGAUGCUGGAAUCAUCGGCUGGUUAGGGAGUCUCAAUGAAGACGGACCCAAAGCAGCGAACACUUGCCAAGCGUUCCGCCAACUCUUGACCCAAAAGACCUUUAACCCAACGUACCUGACGUUUAGGCGCGAGGAUAUAUUCACUCUCUUGAAAACGACUCAGCAUGCUUUAUGUAGUGACCCACGCGACAAAAUCUACGGCAUGCUUGCAAUGGCCAGUGAUGAGGAGAGAAGCUUUAGGGUCGAUUACAGCAGCGGUUAUACCUUCUCAAAGCUCUAUUUAGAUGUGGCAAUAGAUCAGACCAGGCGCAUUCAGAAAUAUGAGCAUUCAAUCCACUCACUCCUGUCAGCGGUCGAAGCUUCACAGCUCGAAGUGACAAUUCCUUCGCCUCUGCCGUCUUGGGUUCCGGAUUGGCGACCAGACCGUCGUCGUUUGUCCCAACCACUUGGUGGAGGCCGCACGUACACAGGAUACAGGUUCUGCGCGUCCGGGGAUAGCGAGACUGAUUUUGAGCUAAAUCCAGCUGACAACAAGCAGCUGCAUGUCCAGGCACAUGAAGUUGACUCGAUGGUCGAUAUUAGCGAUGUUUUCCUCUCCCCGUCUCUAUCUUACCAGGAACCUGCUUCAUCAAAUCGGGACUUGUUAUCUUGUCUCGAUCUAUCAGCCCGGUUGAAGCAGUAUCCCGGCUCAUGUACCGUUUUCGACGCCUUCUGGCUCACGACUGUUGCUGGCGUCGAUGAGGCAGGAGACGCCCCAGCUCCGCACACAUUUGCAGAGGUCUUUAGCGUUCUCAUUGAUGCCACUACUGGAAGAACGCCGUCCUUACCAGGCCAGUCAUACACGAAGCGUCAGCAACUGCCGGAAGGAAGGGGAAGGCUGACGCCAGCCCAUCUCAGCACUAGAAGCAUAGGCACCACGUAUGGCAAUGCCCUCUCGGCUUUUCAAGCUGCAAUGAGCGGUCGGAGGUUUGGUAUUACGGGGAAAGGCUAUAUUGGACUGUUCCCGUGCGCCAGCUCAAGAGGCGAUCGUAUCAUUUUGGUCAGUGGAUGCCCUGUUCCGUAUGUGAUACGGCGAGUCGGGCAGGAUCAGUGGCGAUUUCUUGGUGAAUGCUAUAUCCACGGUAUGAUGAACGGAGAGGCCAUACCUGCGGAUGGCUUUAGUUGGGAAACUAUUAUACUUGUAUGA